AUGUCGUCCGGAGUCGAAAUUAUCAACGGCAAAAAGACAUUUAUCCCUAUUGAAAACAACCCCGAAGUUCUCGCCCAACUAUCCCGCAACCUCGGCGUCUCCACAACACUUACAUUCCACGACAUAUUCGACCUCAACAUCAACAAUGACGCGCCCCAAAACUCCAUCCCCCGUCCAAUAAACGCGUUGGUUUUCCUCUGCGCUCCGCCCAUCUUCAACCCCGUCCGCUCGCAUCUAAAAUCUACCCUCCCCACCUAUACCGGCCACGGGCCCUCGGAACCAGUUAUCUGGAUUAAACAAACGAUCGGAAACGCUUGCGGGCUGAUGGCGCUGCUCCAUUGCAUCUUGAACCUUCAGGAUGGGAAAUAUAUAACGUCUGGUUCGCAGCUGGAUGAGUUACGCAGGACUCUUAUCGGGUUGCCUCCCAAGGAACGCGCUCAGGUACUCUACGACUCCCAGUUCCUGGAAGAUGCGCACAUGGAUGCCGCUGUCCAAGGUAGUUCGAGUGUUCCUAGUGCGCGAGAACACGCGAGUGGGCACUUCAUUGCGUUUGUGAAGGACGCGCGGGGGAAAGUGUGGGAGUUAAAUGGAGGUUUGCCGGGACCGUUAGAGAGGGGCAAUUUAGGACCGAACGAUGAUUUAUUGAGUCCGGCGGGUGUCAGGUUGACAGUUGGGGAGUAUAUGGAUGUUGCGAAGACGGUGGAUGGCGGGUGGGGGAUUUCAAUCGUGGGUUUGGGGGUGGGUGAGACUUAG